CUUUCUUUUCUAUGCUUCCAUUUAGACAACCAAACUUUGGACAGUUUAAAUAACUCUCUCUCAACUCUCUCUCUCUCUCUCUCUCUCUCUCUCUCUUUCUCUCUUUCUCCCAAGUUGUGGAAUGGCAGAGAAGAUCUCCACAUUAAUCUUAAAGGUUGACUUAUCAUGCCACCUUUGUUACAAAAAGAUCAGAAAAGUCCUAUGCAAACUUCAAGAAAAAGAAAACAUCAGAUCAAUCACAUAUGAUGAGAAGGGGAAUGCAGUGAUAAUCUCUGGUCCAUUUGAUCCUCAAAAACUUUCAAAGAAGUUAAAAUGCAAAGCAUGCAAAGUUAUCAAAGACAUUCAAAUCAAAGAAGACAAAGAAAAGCCAAAGGAAAAACCUAAAGUUAUUGAUCCACCACCACCAAAACCUAAAGAAGACCCUCCAAAACCUAAAGAAGAGCCUCCUAAACCUAAAGUUACACCAAUAAAACCUGAACCAGAACCACCACAAGUUGUACCAGUAAGUGUUGUUCAAGAGCCAGAAAUGUACCCACCAAUGUGGCCACAAGGUCCUGUUUGUUGUGGCAGGCCAUGGUUUGAUGGAGGGUAUUAUGUGGGUUGUAAGUGUUGGACUUGUGGAAGAGGUUUUGGAUUUGCUGAAGGACCAUGUUAUGAUGGUUACCCUAAAUCUACUUGUCAAUUCUUUUGUGAAGAAGAUCAAUCUACAUGUGUUGUUAUGUAAAAAAUAAAAAAUAAACAUUAUAACUUCUUGUUUUGUUUGUGAUUUUGUUGCAUUGAUAUUAUUAUUAUUAUAUAUAUUAUUGUUGUUGUUUUGAAAGGAGUGUGAAGGGUUGUGAGUUUAGGUUUUAUGAUGUUAUUGUAUGAAUAAUUAAUGGUAUUUAUUUAUUGUGUUAUUAA